UGGCGCGAAGAGUCACAGGGGAUUAAUUUGACAGCACGUAUUGAUGGCUCUAAAGAAGUCAUCACUGGCACUGGAUUCCAGUGAGAGUGAGUCGGAAGAGUUGCCAACAUUUGCCUUCCUGAAGAAGGAACCAUCUUCAACAAAGAGGAGGCAGCCUCAGAGGGAGGCAAAAAUCGUUGUGGUUGACACCUCAGAUUCUGAGGCCUCCUGUCGUCCGUCACCAAGGUUGAAAGAUGUACCACCUAUCCGAGACACGGCUGAACCGGUCACACAAACAGAGCCAGUCAGGGUGCUAAGCAGUGAAAGUGAGGAUGAGGAAGAAUUAGCUCCCCUGGCUGAGAGGCUUACCUGUAAGUUUUUGACCCGCAAGCAACUGAGCCCUGAGGAUUCUAGCUCCCCAGUUAAAAGUCUAUGGGAUCACCGAAAUAGUGCAGGAGCAUCAUGUGACUGGGAAAACCAACCCUUUCCAAAGGUCCCUGAUCUUCCCCUCCAUGAAACCUCAGAGAGACAUGCAUCAACUAACAAGGACCCUGUGGGAGACAAUCCACGCCAUCAGCUUCCGGCCUUCAAAGCUACCUGCCCUGUCCCGAACGGCAGCUGGACCGUAACCAAAACAAAUGCUGAGGUCCCCCCACUUCAGAAGAGAACCAAGCAUAGCCAGAAGGUCCAGAGAGGCUUGCAGGGAUGCCAGCCGCGGAGACAACAGGAGAGGACGGAGAAGGCAGCCCCGGUUAAUAGGCUGAAAGCUCAGAGGCCCGAGGAAUGCUUAAAGCACGUCGUCGUGGGGCUGGAUCCAGUGCUUUUGCAGAUGGAAGGGGGAGGCCAGCUCCUCGGAGCCCUGCAGUCCAUGGAGUGCCGCUGUGUGAUCGAGGCACAGGCCGUGCCCUGCAGCAUCACCUGGAGGAGAAGGGCUGCGCCAUCCGAGGAUGGACAGGAAGACUGGGUGGAGGAACCGACGGUCCUGGCGCUGCUCCCGGCAGAGGCGUUUGUGUCCCUGGUCCAGAACUUCAAGCAGGGAAGUGUGGGCGGCACUGAGAAGGGGAAGGAGACGCUGCGGAGCUUUGUGACUGACGCCACAGCAAGGGCAGCUGGGAAAGCUCUGUCACUGGUGAUUGUGGAUCAGGAGAAACGCUUCAGCCUGGAGCUGCUGCUGUCUGAUUUCCUCCCCGGUUCCAGUGCUCCAAACCCUCCAAGGAGAAGGAAGCAGGGAGUGGCAGAUAGGGAACAGGCCAAGGAGAAGAAGCAGAGACGACCAGAGGCCAACACAGGGUGCAUGGUGUCCAGGGUAGACGUGGAAGAGGCCUUGGUGGAUCUGCAGCUGUACACACAAGCCCAGGCCCGAACGGUGCAGAGCUGGAAAGAGCUGGCCGACUUCGCAUGCGCGUUUACGAAGGCUGUGGCUGAGGCGCCCUUCAAGAAGCUUCGAGACCAAACUAGUUUUUCCUUCUGCCUGGAGAGUGACUGGGCUGGAGGGGCAAAGGUGGACCGCGCGGGCAGGGGACUCGCGCUGGUCUGGAGGAGACAGAUUCAGCAGCUGAACCGAGUCAGCCUGGAAAUGGCCAGCGCCAUUGUGGACACCUAUCCCUCCCCCCAGCUUCUGGUCCAGGCUUACAGGCGGUGUCUCUCAGAGCAAGAACGCCAGAAUCUGCUUGCAGACAUACAGGUGCGUCGUGGGGAAGGCGUGACCGCCACCUCCCGCCGGGUCGGACCAGAGCUCUCCAAGCGCAUCUACCUUCAGAUGACUGCUCUGCAGCCAGAUCUCUCUUUAGACAGUGCAGACUGAUGCCAGCCCUGGGGGACCAGGAUGAAAAGCUGGAGAUUUCCACCUCACCCAGCUCGGAAGAGGACCACAGGAAGAGGCUGGGAGCGCCUCCCGAAGCACAAGCCUGGGUCGGGCUCACCACAGACUCCUUCCUGGGUGUAUCUGUAGAAGUCUCCCUGCCAACUUGGGACAGACAGCUGAGAUACUUGCGUUCACCUGCACAAGCAUUCAGUGUCCCUCUCCCAGCGAAACUCCACUGCCGUGCACAAAUCGCCCUACCCCAGCAGCCCUCAAAACACGAAGCAACAAAGACAGAUCACUCAGACACAUAUUUAAUAAUUGUAGAAAUCCAGAAGAACCUCAGCUUCAGAUCUCGAGAUCAGGAGUGAACUUCCCUCAGCGGGCUGGCCAGAUGGGGCUGGCCGUGCCCUGCCUCCCUCUCACCCACGGAGGCCGCCUCAGCCAGCCCCCUGCAUGUGGGUCUGAUCCCUGUGCUGACUUCCCUAUCCUCUUAAUCUCAUCUCACAUACUAUGUAUUUAGUUUCAAUAAAGCAUUUGUACCAAUGGC